GUCGGCGGCAGGAUAGCGGACAGGGUGUUGGACAUCACCAGAACAUUUCCUCUUGCUUUGGAUGUUGGCUCUGGAAGAGGUUACAUAGCUCAGCAUUUAACAAAGGAAACAGUUGAAAAACUUAUUCAAGUUGAUAUUGCAGAGAAUGCUUUAAAAAAUGCUGUAGAAUCUGAAAUCCCUACGGUCAACGUUGUAGCUGAUGAGGAAUUCCUUCCUUUCAGAGAGGAUACGUUUGAUCUUGUUGUUAGCAGCUUAAGUUUACAUUGGGUGAAUGACCUUCCUAGAGCUUUUAGAGAGAUUCACCAAGUUCUGAAGCCAGAUGGAGUAUUCAUUGGUGCAAUGUUUGGGGGAGAUACUCUGUAUGAGCUUCGCUGCUCUUUGCAGCUGGCAGAAUUGGAGAGAGAAGGGGGAUUUUCUCCUCAUGUAUCACCGUUCACUGCUGUCUCUGAUUUGGGACAUCUGCUGUCGAGAGCUGGCUUUAACACUCUCACCGUGGAUACUGAUGAAAUUCAGGUCAACUACCCAGGGUUGUUUGAGGUUAUGGAAGACUUGCAAGGUAUGGGGGAGAGUAAUUGCUCUUGGAAUAGAAAACCUCUGCUACACAGGGAUACAAUGUUGGCAGCUGCUGCAAUAUACCAGGAAAUGUACGGAAAUAGCGAUGGCUCAGUACCUGCCACAUUUCAGAUCUACUACAUGAUUGGUUGGAAAUUCCAUGAAUCACAGGCAAGACCAGCCCAGAGAGGUUCUGCCACAGUUUCAUUUGGAGAUCUGGCAAAAAUAGAUGGACUUCUUUCAAGAGGGAAAAAGUAG